AUGUGUGAAAAAUAUGAAGACUUCAUUACAACUUAUGAGAAGCUUUUUCAUCUGCAAUCAAGCGAGUCCAUUGAUGAUACUUUAAACUUGAUCAAGAGUAUAUUAAUUUCGAAGUAUAAAAGACCAGCUCAACAAAUAAUAAAAUGCAUUUUCAUAGCUAUGCAAAGUAACCCACGUUCAUUAAAAAGUUAUAUUGAUAUUCUCAACCAGAUUUCUAGUCUUUAUUCAAUAUCGUUUCAAUUCCUAAAAAUUAAAUCUGAAAGUUUGGAAUCAUUCUUGAGUUAUAAUAACAACAAUGGUCAUUAUCAUUUCGAAAAAAAAGAUAUUCCUGAGUUAGAUAAUGAAAUUUGUUCUUUAAUUUUUAAUGAUCAAAUUGAUGAUUUUAGAAGAUUUCUUUUAACAAACAAACUGCCUAAAUCUGUAUUGGAUCUUUCUUCAGGACAUAAAAUCUCUUUACUUGAAGCAUGUGCUUUCUAUGGAUCCGUAAAUAUAUUUUAUUUCCUUCUUUCAAAUUAUCCAUGUGUCGUAACCUUAAGAUGUUUACAUAACUCUAUAAUUGGUGGCAAUAUUGACAUUAUCAAUGAAUGCUUAAAGAUUCAUAAUCUGGAUUGUUACUGCUUUUUAAAUGCAAUCAAGUCACAUAACAAUAAAUUCCUUGAAUAUAUUUUUGAGAAGGAAUUAAUAAAUUUUGAUCAAGAUUUUUUGGAAAAGAACUAUAUAAAUGCAAUAACUUCUUCCCAAAAUUUAAAAGCUGUAUUUCUUCUUUACCAAGCAAAAAAGAAUAUAAUUCCAUGGUGCGCUGCAUUCCCUCAAACUCUUGAUAUAAUCAAAGCUGAAAACAUUGAUUUAAAUAUGCUUGACUUUGAUUGUAAGAAUCUUCUUCAUUAUGCAUCUUACUUUAAUAAUAUUGAUAUCUGUGAAUUUUUGUUCAGCUCUUCACAAGUUUAUCAUAGGCCGGUUAAUGCUAUUGAUAUUAAUAACCAGACAGCUCUCCAUUAUGCAGCAGCAAAUGAUUGUGCAGAAAUCGCAAAAAUUUUGAUUUCAAAUGAUGCUUUCAUUAAGGAUGGGCACUCAUAG